AUGACGCUCAUCCGGGAGCGCUUCGCGAGCUCGCGGCUCCUCGAGGCCGGCUAUGCCGUGCUGGAUGACUGCAUCCCCGCCGAGCCGGCCGCUGCCAUCGCCGCGGCGCUUUCACGGCUGCGUGGAUCUGGCCAGCUGCGGAAGCACCGCUUCGGCUUCAAGCCGCCCGACUCGGCCGCGCCGCGCAUCCUCACGAAGCCACACAUCUUCGAGGCGGAGCUGGAGGACGCGCCGGUGCAGGCGGCAGCGCCUGACCUCGUCUCCGCCCUCGGCCAGCUCGAGCUGCCUCAGGCGGCGGCGUGCAGCUUCCCGGAGCUGCAGCUGGACCCUGACGGCGUGACGGAGUGGAGGGAGGGGGACGGCGGCGAGCUCGAGCUCUCUCCCUGGCUCGGCCAGCGCGUCGUGCUGCCGCCCGCCCACCGCCGCGUCGUCCUCUUCCUUUCCGACCGAGUCCUCCAUCGUGUACUCCCCUCUGCCGCCCGCCGCUUCUGCCUCACGAUUUGGUGCGACGGCGCUGGCUCCAACGAGGCCGACGACCUCCGGAUCCGGAUCCCGCCCGGCGCGAGCGCGGGGUCUGUGGUGGCAGGGAUGGGGCCUGCCCAGCGCAUCCUCUCCCGCGCCGUGUACGCCGAGGAGUACGAGGCGUCGUUGCGCGAGUGCAUGGCCAGCGACCCCGGCCUUGCCAUGAUGCUGCAGAGCCACGCGGCGCACGUGGCGGGCUCCGGCGCCGACCCUCGGAUGCGUGAGCUGGUCGAGGCGGCGCGCGCACUCAAGGGGGAGGCGCCGCCGCCGCUCACCAUCCCGCCGCGGCCGCGCCCUCGGCCGCGUCGGAUUGAAUCGGCGGCGACGGCGGCGCCAGCUGCGGCGGCGCCAGCUGCUGCGGCGGCGGCGGCGGUGGCGGAGGUGCGGGUGUGCCCCUUCAAACAUCGGAGGCUCGACCACGUCGUUUUACGCUGCCGGUCGGUCGAGGCGAUGGCGCGCUGGUACAUCGAGGUGCUGGGCGGGGCGCCCGAGUGGCUCGGCCGCUUCGGCGGCGCGCUGUCGCACGUGCGCGUGGGCGAGUCGCUGAUCGAUUUCGUCGCGAUGGAGAGCAGCCUCGCGUUUGCGAACGGCAGCCCCGCCGCUGAGGCCAGCGCCCUCGACCACUUCGCGCUGCGCUGCGACGACUUUGACGUUCGGGUGGCGCGCGAAUGGCUCGCGGCUCGCGGCGCAGAGGUGGUCUCCUCGGGCAGUCGGUACGGCGCGGACGGUCAGGGCUUCUCUCUCUACGUGAGGGACCCCGAGGGCAACGUCGUCGAGCUGAAGUGUGGUGCAGCGCAGCGCGACUGCGACGGCGUCGUCCUCGUCGCCCUGAGAGUUCACGCGGUCAGCAACCGCUCGGUGAGGGUACAGGUCUGCCCGCAAAAAUAGAAUGGACGGUGCGUGCGUGCAACACAGAGACACGGCUCCAUCAUUGCCAAUAGUAUUGUACUGAACACGUACAAAGAUAGG